CUCCCCCCUGUUCCCCUCGUCUCGUCGCCGCCUACGAAAAUGGCUGCGCUCGCGACACUCCUCCGCCACAGCCGCCGCAGCCAUGCCCACGUCCUCCCCAUCUCCCGUGCGCUCUCCACCACCACCCCGACCACCGGCGGCACCGAUCCCGUUGCCAUCACGUUGUCGGACGCCAAGAGACAACUCCUCCGCGAGCGCGAUCCGGACCGCGUGGUCUCCAUCCUCGACGCCAUCGACACGGCGUCCAUCUCCGCUGCUUCCACCCGGCACGCGCUCUCCCUCGCCGCGCGCCGCCUUUCUCGCUCCCGCCGCUUCGCUGACGCGGAGGCCCUCCUCUCCUCCCAUCUCACCGCGUCCACCACCGAGGCCCACCUCGCCGCCGUCCUGUGCUCCUACGCCUCCGCCAACCUCCCCGAGAAGGCCAUCGACGCGUUCCGCUCCGCUGCGCCGUCCCUUCCAACCCCCAACUCCCCGCUCCCCUUCAACGCCCUCCUCUCCACCUUCAUACGAUGUCGCCGCUACAGACGCGUCCCUGUCCUCUUCGCUGAGCUCUCCAAGGAGUUUUCCAUCACCCCCAAUGCCACAUCCUAUGGCAUCCUUGUCAAGGCCUACUGCAUGGCCCGCGAUGAUGCUAAGGCCAAGCAGGCCUUGGAUCUAAUGCGCGAGCAAGGUAUCUCGCCGACCAACAGGAUCUACACCACGUUGAUCGAUUCCAUGUAUAAGAGGAAGAUGACCAAUGAGGCUGAGUCUUUGUGGAAAGAGAUGGUAGAAAGUGAAUGUGAGCCCGAUGUGGCAACUUAUAAUGUGAAGGCCAUGUACUACGCGCUCCAUGGAAAGCCAGAAGAGGUUAUGGAGGUGAUGACAGAGAUGGAAGCGGCUGGUGUGAAGCCGGACACCACCACCUACAAUUUCCUCAUGACUAGCUAUUGCAAGAGUGGCAAAUUGGAGGAUGCUAAGGUUCUUUACCACUCCCUAGCUGAGAAGGGGUGCUCGGCAGAUGCUGCCACGUACAAGCACAUGUUAGCAGAACUCUGUGCCUAUGGAGACUUUGAUGCUGGUUUGGGCAUCUUCAAGGAUAGCUUAAAGAGGCGUAAGGUGCCAGAUUUUAGAACAAUGAAAGGGUUGGUUGAGGGAUUGGCAAAGGGAGGCAGGGUGGCUGAUGCCAAAGAGGUUGUUGCAGAGGUAAAAAAGAUGUUCCCAGAGAAUUUGCUGUCUGGUUGGAAGAAGGUUGAGAAAGAGCUUGGGUUGGACUCAGAUAGUGGAGAAACUCCUCUGUUGGAAGUUACAUCUGGAGAAACUGUUGCUGAGGUUAGGCCCGAUGCUGCAGAGGUAGAGGCACUUGAGCUCGAAGGAUCUGCCGCUGAGGAAGUUACUGUAUCAGAAGAAUCCAGUGAUGAUGAAGCUUAUGUGCCUGAAGCAUCAUCUAGUGAAGAAGUGCCACAAGGUCGUGCCUAAGUGGUAUUGCCAUGUUAUUCAAGUUUCAUGGGUGGUGUUUGCAUUGAUCACAUUCUCUACACAAAAGAAUUGUUAAUGCUGCCCUGUAAUGGUAAACAUUAGAUUUUCAAUACAUGCUCCUGAGCUGCUAACAUGGCCAACUCCUGGGAUAAAAGCAUACCUGGUAUGCCUGCUGUUACUAUGCUAAGAGGCUAUUGUUUUGGUGAUACGUACCUUGUCAUUUUAUAUGAUAAAACACAUUGUGCUUUGCAGUUCUCUUACCGCUCUGGUUUGUAUUACUGUUUAAUUUGCACUGCUAAAGACAGUCAAGUAGCAGUUUGAUGUUAUGAAUGGCUGAAUCAUUUGACCACAAUAUUU